AGGUGUUGCUUCAAUGUUCACGUUUUAAAAAUGAAUCCUAAAGGUCUCUUCAAGUCAACAGUUCUGUUCAGAAACAAGUUCUGUCGUUUAAUGUUGAGCGUAAACGGUUCUCUGCAUGGUGAAGUGAUUGUUCAGGCUGAUGUAGCUAGAACGUUGUAUUUCUGUGGCACCAAAAGGGUUCUCCUGCUACACUGCCGAGCAUAAAAGCGUGUGCACGUUCUUAAUCGGUCUGAAGAACUGUUAGUUUGUUGGUCAGACGCUGUUAAAUAUGUGGUCUGUGAUGUUAGGACAUCAUAAGUUAGGAUUGGGUGAUUAUUUCAGAAGUUGGCUCACUGCGUGUUGCUGGACAGUGGCUUCAGUUUCUGAGUCGGAGACUUUCACUGUAAUUAACUAGGUUAAUGUUCCCGAAAGCGAGCGUCCUGAAAUGCGAAAUAAAUAAAUAAUCAAACCAAAACAUGCAACGGUAAGUCCAAAAACCCAGCUAACCCGCGAGUCCCGAGUUUAGGUCAGCAGCUGUGUGAUUGAUCUCUCUAACGGAAAGGAAUGAUGUGUGUCCUGGUAGGAGUCAACUUCUGAUUCGCCAGCUUCUUACCAUUUUUCGCUCCACCUUAAAUGGUGCCCCAGGUACGUUCUGACGACGCAGCCGCCAGAAUGGCACUGCUGCGUCUUUAAGGUGGAACGGAAAGUUCGUACAAACAGUCACUGAGUAAGAACCUUUAGGCACAAGAAUGUAACUGCUCCACCAUUUAAGGUGGAACGAGAAAAUCGACCAAUAAGCUCGCGGACAGGAAAUUGACUUCAGCCUCGUGUGAUCUUGGCAUUUGAAAGCCUUGAAGAGUUGAUAAAUGAACAUUGGGUUAAAGCUGCGCGAAGGCACUGGCACUGAAACCGAAACCGGUAAUGAACCUGGGGCUAUAGGCGAGCUUCUUUUGGGGGGGAGCACAGCACCAGUGUUAGAAAGCUAAAAAUAAUACCAAAUAUACCACAAGCUGUGCAGCACACAGAGGAGUAUAUUCGGAAACAUAUUUUAUUAUUUAAAAAGGGGGAUCUUUGUGUACUGCUGAGGGUUCAUGGGGACUCCUACAGCGUCGUCUUCUACGUGACAACCUUUCUCCUCAGCGAGGGAUGUUCCACCUUGUUAGUGCGACCAGCAUUGAGGAUGCGGACAGGAGCCGGUGGAAGUCAAUCAGGGUCAUGUACUUCACCAUGUUCCUCAGCAGUGUGGGUUUUACAAUUGUCAUCACUUCAAUAUGGCCGUAUCUGCAAAAGAUUGAUAACACUGCAGAUGCCAGCUUCUUGGGUUGGGUAGUGGCUGCCUACAGCUUGGGACAAAUGGUGGCUUCACCCGUUUUCGGACUUUGGUCCAACCACAGACCUCGACGGGAGCCACUGGUCUGUUCUAUAUUCAUCAACAUUUCUGCCAACAUCUACUACUCCUAUUUAUACCACCCUUCAUCUCAUAACAAAUACCACAUGCUUCUGGCCCGAGCAUUUGUUGGAUUCGGAGCAGGUAAUGUAGCUGUAGUGAGGUCUUACGUCGCAGGAGCCACCUCCUUGAAGGAGAGAACCAGUGCAAUGGCCACAAUGAGUGCCUGCCAGGCUCUAGGAUUCAUACUUGGCCCAGCUCUUCAGGCAGCUCUGUCAUUCAUUGGUGAGGAAGGCUUCCCUGUGGAGAUCAUUCAGCUGAACUUUAACAUGUACACUGCUCCAGCACUUCUCGCAGCCUGCUUUGGUGUCAUCAACAUCUUGCUGGUUAUUAUAAUCCUGAGGGAACAUUUUGUGGAUGAUCAUGGGAAGCAGAUCAGAGCUAUUAACUAUGUGUCAGAAGAGCAAGUAGCUGUGGCCCCAGAGGUGGAGGGAAAUAUCGACCAAAUCGCUGUGCUUACAUCCAACAUCCUUUUCUUCAUCAUCCUCUUCAUUUUUGCUGUGUUUGAAACUAUAUCCACCCCUUUGUCUAUGGACAUGUUUGCGUGGACAAGGAAGGAAGCUGUUCUGUACAACGGGAUCAUAUUGGCUGCCAUUGGCUUUGAAUCUAUCAUAGUGUUUCUUGUAGUAAAAGUUAUUUCUACACGGAUUGGUGAUCGUCCAGUGCUCUGGGGUGGCUUAGCCAUAAUAUUUAUUGGCUUCUUCAUCUUGUUACCUUGGGGAAACUACUACCCGAAGAUUCAAUGGGCAGACCUUAAGAAUACUUCCAUACCAGUUAUAGCUCUGGCAGCUACCCCGCUCCCUAAUGGCACUGUGGAGCCCACCGGAUGCCCAUUUGAACAGGUCUGGUGCCAGUAUACCCCUGCCAUCCACCUGGCACAGUACAUCACAUCCGACAUUCUCAUAGGAGUGGGCUACCCUGCUUGUAAUGUCAUGUCCUACACAUUGUACUCCAAGAUACUGGGACCCAAACCACAGGGUGUGUACAUGGGCUGGCUUACUGCUUCGGGCAGUGGUGCUCGGAUGUUGGGACCAGUGUUCGUCUCACAAGUCUACACUAUCUUAGGACCUCGUUGGGCCUUCAGUCUAAUCUGUUGUAUUGUGCUAGCAGCCAUCAUACUGCUGACUGCCAUGUACAAGAGACUUAUUGCUUUCUCUGUGCGUUAUGGACAAAUAGAGGAAGGAUGACAGCGUGGAAUAUUAACACUGAUCUUUUUUUGCCUCUAGUUUACUGGGGAAGAUGCAUUGAGAACAUUCUGAUUUAAAAGUAGGCAACUUUGAGGAACUUGGGGGUUAAGUGCCUUGGUGGGUAGGGAUGGCAUUAACUGUGGGUCUCUACUGAACUCUCUACUACAGGCUCCGUUACCAAUACUGCCUUCUGGGAACUUGUUAGUGGAAUCACUAAGCUCUCUAUUAAUUUAAAUCCUUUUAGAACAAAACUUACAGUAACAACUUCAGGUUUGGAGGUAAUUUCCACUGUGGAUUCUCAUGGAAAACUGGCAAAACUAAUAAAAUAUAUAUUGCUCGUAAAUUACUAAAUGUUGAUUGACUAUGAAAAGGCUAUUGCUGGUAUAAAAAUGUAGGUUUAUGAAGUGCACAGCUUUAGUACUAGUUUACUUGGACUGAAGUCCAGUUGUUGUUCACUUUGCUGUAUUUGUGUAAUUUAACUUGCCUAUUUUAAUUGCAAAUUAACUGACACUAUAAGCACUGUAGACUGUAAUUCCACAGGAAGAUCAGAACAUACUCGUCAUUACUGUCCAAAAAAGGCAUUAUAAUUGUGAAUUUAGAGAGCCAUUGCAAACUUCUCCAGGGCGUGGUUUCUAAAAAAGCUCCACGAUACAGAUCAUGCUAUGAUAAGUAGUUUAAUUUUCAAGUCUGAACCAACCAUUUUCAAGUGGUUGGGAUAGUGUAGUGGUUAACACCUCUACCUUCUACACUGUAGACUGGGGUUCAAUCCCCCACCAGGGCAAGCACCCUACACUAUACCAGUAAGGGUCCUUGGGCAAAACUCCUAACACCACCUUGGCCUACCUGUGUAAAAUGAUCAAAUUGUAAGUCGCUCUGGAUAAGAGUGUCAGCCAAAUGCCAAAAAUGUAAAUGUAAGUCUGAAAAUGUAGAAUCAUUAGGACAUACAUUCAGACACUCAAGUUUCAGUUUACUUUUUGUGUUCUUUGAUUAACACUAGAAAGUGUAAAAGCGAGUAUAACACUGAUGACUUAUUUUAAUAUAUGAAAUAAAACGGAACAAUUAAA